AUGGACCACCGCCGCCGCAGCAGCAGUGGCGUGAUGGACCUCCGCGAGGGCGUAGCAUGUCGCCACGCCGAGACGGUGACAGAGACGGUGGACAACAAGGACGACGUGGUGAGUUCCAAGGGUCACGUGACGGACCCUACGGCCCUGAAUACGCACCCGAUCGACCUGAUUAUCACCAAGGAACCGGAUCCUGGCAGGUGA